AUGUCACGACCAGAGCGAGAUCUAGAGGCGGCAGUGGUCGCUGUCUCUGCGCAGUCAGACCCGCGAGACUCUGAUGAGACCCAAGACCUUGCCGACGCUGCCGCAACCAAAGUCAGCACCACACUUGAUCCUCGUUCACCGGCUCUGUCACGCACAUCUACGACAGUAGGGGACGCAGCACCCACGAGCGAUGGCGAGGUCAAAAGUGAGGAGAAAGCGGCCGAAAUCUUGCAGUCGCCAAGUGCAGAAAAGACUCGUCCCGAUGUCGAAAAGCUAGAAGCGACGGCAUCGCAAGAAGAUGGCUCUGAGCCAGCAAAGGACGUCAUAUUGGUGACGUGGGACUCGCCUGAAUCACUCGAAAAUCCGCGCAACUGGUCAAGAGCUCGCAAAUGGUCGGUGGUCAAUCUCAUCUCCAUAUACGCCCUCUUGGCCGCUGCCGGCUCUAGCGUGUGCGCGCCAGCCCUGCCGGAAAUGGCGGAGGAAUUUGGUGUCACCAGCGAGAUACAGCGCAAUCUUAUGCUGUCAAUCUUCGUCCUAGCUUUCGCUCUUGGUCCGCUGGUCCUCGCACCUAUUUCCGAGGUCUAUGGCCGUACGCUGGUGCUUCAGAUUACCACGGUCUUCUUUGUCAUCUUUAUGAUUGCCUGCUGCGUAGCGCAAAACUACGCACAGAUAGUCGCGUUUCGCUUUCUGGCAGGGCUCGGUGGAUCUGCUUCCCUGGUUGUCGGUGGUGGAUCCAUCUCUGACAUGUUUAUCAACGAGCAACGUGGCUCAGCCAUGUCAUUGUACUCCAUGGGCCCAUUACUCGGACCGUGUGUUGGGCCUAUCAUUGGUGGCUUCAUCGUGCAAGAGCUUCAAGAGUGGCGCUGGACAUUUGGUGUUGUGGCCAUCGGUACAGCAGCCUUCUCCGUCAUUGGCUUUCUCCUUCUUCGGGAAUCUUAUCCACCUCGGAUUCUUGCCCUCAAAGCUGCACGUCUGCGAAAGCAAACUGGCGAUCAUCGUUACACCACGCAGUGGAUUCAGCAGGACCUUGCUGCCGGUGGAUGGGCCGCUCGUUUCAGUCGACACCUAGAGCGCCCGGUAGUCAUGCUUACAACGCAACCUUUGGUGAUCGUGUUUUCUCUCUACUCCGCUCUACUCUAUGGUACGCUGUACAUCCUCAUUACCACCUUUGACGGCCUCUUUGUCAACGAGUACGGUAUGAAGCCUGGAAUUGCGUCGCUCAACUACAUUGCCCUAUCAGUCGGCUGUCUGAUCGGUAGCUUGACCUGUGGUCGGAUGACGGACCACGUGUACAAGAAAUUGCAAGCACGGCAUGGUGGCGUCGGCAUACCGGAAUACAAGCUGCCAAUCAUGAUGGUGCAGUCAUUCCUCAUCCCCAUCGGCAUGCUCAUCUACGCUUGGACUGCCGGACGCACUCACUGGAUUGGACCAGACGUUGGCGCUGCUGUCUUUACUUUUGGUAACAUUACCGUUAGAGCGUACCUGGUGGACUGCUAUCAACUUUAUGCCUCAAGCGUGCUCUCGGCCAACAAUCUCGCCCGCAACAUUGCAGCUUUUGCCUUUCCACUCGCUGCGCCUGCUCUAUUCGGCGACCUGGGUUACGGUGUUGGGGGCACCAUCAUUGCAGUUCUUGCUGCCGUCCUCGGAAUUCCUUCGCCCUUCUUGUUUUGGAAGUAUGGACCUCGGCUCAGAGCGGCUUCGAACUACGCUCGCGACGCGGUCUAA